CGUGUGUGAUUAAAAGUUUCUUUAUAGUUUUGCUCGAACUGCUGCACUGCACUGUCGGGAAAUUUUCAUUGAAAAAUGCCACUUUUUGAGGGUCUCAGCGUUGGGGUAGAGAAGACAGCUGCUAUCUUUGACAUAGGUGCUGCAUAUACAAAAGUGGGUUUUGCUGGUGAAACCAGUCCAAGAGCAACGAUACCAAGUAAAAUCAAACUCUCCAAGACAGAUAAGAUUGUCCAUAUCUGGGACUUCACCAAUACAGAAGAGCUUUAUGAUGCAUUAGUAGAAUUUCUUCACCAUAUAUACUUUAGGCACUUAUUAGUAAAUCCACGAGACCGCCGUGUGGUUGUUUGUGAAUCUGUCUUGUGCCCUACACAGUUCAGACAAACCCUUGCUAAAGUCUUUUUCAAAAGAUAUGAGGUGCCCUCAAUAUUAUUUGCUCCGUCACAUCUCACCACACUCUUCACACUGGGAAUCAAUACAGCACUGGUCCUUGAUGCAGGCUACAAUGAAACAACUGUUCUACCAAUUUAUGAAGGCUACCCAAUCAUCAAGGCUGUAGAGUCGUUACCUCUUGGUGGCAAAGCAAUCCAUGAGAACCUGGAAAGGCAGCUGAAGGAGACAGGGACAAUUAGGGAGAAUGGAGAAGAACAUAAACCUUUGUCUUCUGUCAUGGACAGCAUUCCAGCUGAUGUCUUAGAAGAUAUCAAAGUAAGGACAUGUUUCAUGACCAAUAUGGAGAGAGCAACAUCAAUUCAACAGAGUAUACUCCAGGGAGAUGAUAGUAAGUGGCCAAGCCCUGCUGCAUCUGUUGAAUACCCACUGAAUGGAGGUAGAACGUUGACCAUUGAUGGUAAAACUAGAGAGAUAGCUUGUGAAGUUCUCUUUGAAAUGGAUAGUGAUGAACAGUCUAUUGCAACGCUUGUCUUAGACUCUAUACUCAAGUGUCCAAUUGACAUGCGGAAACCUUUGGCUGAUAACCUAGUCUUCAUCGGAGGCACCUCUCUGUUGCCAGGGUUCUCCCAUCGGCUUCUUGCUGAGUUAAAGCAGCUUCUUACCAAGCCCAAGUACAAGGACUGUCUAGCCAUCUCGACAUUCAAAGUACAUUCCCCACCAGCUCAGGCCAACUUUACAGCAUGGCUAGGAGGAGCCAUAUUUGGAGGUUUGGAGGUUCUAAGUUACCGGUCAUUAACGAGGGAUGUUUUCCUGCAGACGGAGGUUGUCCCUGACUGGUGCUCUCUGUUACCAGCUGUCACAGAAGUAGAGCAAUCUGCUGCCAAGGACAAGACACCACUAAAAUCACUAGGAUUGCGGAAGCCACAUGGUGAGGCCAAAGGCACCCCAGAGAAAUGAAAGUGGAGUGACACUUGUAAUUCUUGAGACUGCAUAUGUGUUUUCUUUUGAGAUGUAGCUGGCAAAUCAAAGGACACCAGGACGAGGGAGGAACAGUAGCUCUUGUGGUCUUUAAGAUAAAAGUACAGACUCUUUGAAACUCUUGGUUUUCUGGGAGUCACCUUAAGAAAGGCACAGGGAAAUUUAGCAACCCCCUGGCUAAGGAGAACUUUUCCGAUAUAGGUUGCAUUUUCCUAUUUCUGUGUAAGAUUUCGGAAGAGCUUACCCAGAAAGACAGAAAUACAGUAGAGAUUUAGAUUCACGACACAACUGGAGUCAUUGAUCUUUUAGUAUGGCAUUGAGUGAUAGUACCACAGUGCGUAUGAAGAUUCCGAGGUUUGUUCUCCAUGAGGCUGCAUUUACUUAAACGUCUUAAAGCAUGAUGUCUACUGUACAGGCAAGCAAAAUAGUUGAAAAAAUAACCAAGGUUCUGCAGGUUGUUUAAGGGAUUUGACAUGUGUGGUAAGGCUUACAACACCAAAUGCACACUUGGGUCAUGUAAAAGCAUAGUGAUUGAUAUUAGGACUAAUUCCCCAUUUUACAUUGAUCUAUGAUCAUUGAAGUAGGGUGAUUGUUCAAUCACCUAAGGGUGGUGUAUGAUGAUCAUGUGACUUUGUACAGAUUCAUGAUCAUGAGUUAUAGAAAUUUUUAAAAAUCUUAAGACUUAAGACACGUUAUAAGGCAUGUCAUAGGAGCAAUAUACAAUGAGCAUGGGGCAUCACCAUCGUACCAUAUACAUGCAUUGUGUGAUCAGACCAGGGUUAUCGUACACUCAGCGCAGGGGCAUUUUACAAUAUUUGAAUGAUCUCUGUAUGGCCUCUGUAUGGUUUGUCUUUGGUCCUCCAUCAUACCCUACUCAUGAAAUCUGGUAAUGGUUGUAAAUAAUGGAAUAUACCCCCCUCAAAAUGAUAUUAAGACUAUCAAUCAAUGAUGAUCAUAGCAAAAUGUGAACAAAGCAGUAUUGGGUAGAACAGUCGUCUCCCAAUUUACUGACCCAACUUUAAAAUUGUUCGUAAUGUUUGUUACAAGCUACUGAAAUCCUGCAAUUUGAGUGGCCAAGGGUAAAGUUUUCAAAGACUUGCUUUGUUUUGUCAUUGAUGGCAAUUUUUUUGAAACAAGGCCAGUACACAUAGCUAAGAAACGAGCUCAAUUCAUAUUAUAUAACAUGUAUAUGCCAUGGAGAGAUAAGAUAUGACUUUGUACUCAUUUGUGUUAUAGAAGACCAAUCUUGCCAUUAUCUUCUUAGAGUUUACUGUAAUAUUAUUCCAAAUGGGACCGCUCUUAAUGACUUUACCAAGGGGACAUUUCUUAUGUUUGAGCAUAUACUUUUUUUAUUUUUAAUGAGAGAUUAUGGUGGUGAAUGAUGUGUAUUCAAAUGAAAGAUUAUAUUUCAGAUCCAUUUCUUUAGGAAUGAAACUAACACAUUACAUAGAAUUCAAAAUAAGUGUAACAAAUUCCCCUGGUAAUUUCCAUGUACUAGGGCCUCAUUAUAUUGAUGUCUGUUGUCUUACUUGUCUACCAUUAAACAGCAGAAUUAUUAAGGGAUUGCUAUUAUCACAUUAGUAAGAAAACAUGUUAUUAUUUUUAAAUAAUGAGCAUACCAUUCAAUAUUUUACCAGCACAAGUCAAGAUAGCAGAAAUAUUGUUAAAUGUGUCUACUGUAUCAGUUUUGAACAAACAAAAAACAGUGAUCCCAAAAUGAAGAUAUGGAACAAAGUAUGUGUAUAUUUUUUCAGCUCUUUUCUUUUCAUGAGUUCUGUGUGAGAUGAGUUUUAUGGCUAUACAUCAAAAGUUACUGGGCCAAACUGCAAAAUGCAGUCACUGUAAUAUCCAAAAUACAUGUAGAUUACACAAGAACAUUGUUUACA